AUGUGGAUUUAUCUACUUCUUCCAAUCCUCACACUAUCGUUCCUGCUCAUCCGAAGGAGAUUCUCCUACUGGCAACGUCAAGGCGUACCGUUCAUUCCGGCGCGUUUUCCAGUUGGAAGUUUCGAUGGCGUUGGCGUCAGAAACCAUCCGUCCCAAUUGCUGGCAAAGUUUUAUAGGCAGAUGAAAGGGCUUCACCCCUUCGUUGGAGUGUACUAUUUUCUACAACCGGUGGUGGUGGUUUUGGAUUUGGAUUUUGCGAAGACCAUUCUGAUUCGAGAUUUUCAGUACUUUCACGAUCGCGGAUUGUAUUACAACGAAAAGGAUGAUCCCAUAUCAGGGAAUUUGCUGCAUCUGGAGGGCAGUCGGUGGACAAAUCAGCGCAAGAAAUUGAUUCCUACAUUUUCAUCUGGCAAGCUAAGAAUGAUGUGCCCCACAAUUUUGAAAGUUGCCGAUAAUUUGAAGGUCAGCUUCGAACGAUACGUUGCCGAGCGGGAUGAAAUUGAGAUCAAAGAUAUUCUGGCGCGAUUUUCCACGGAUGUGAUCGCAUCUUGUGCCUUCGGAUUGGACUGCAGCAGUUUGUUGGAAGCAGAUGAUGAAUUCCGUCGCAUGGGCACAAAAGUGUUCGAUAUUUCCGGGUGGAAGCUGUUGAAAUUGUUUUUUGUGUUUGCCUUUGGGAAUGUGGCCCGGAGAUGUCAUAUGAAACUGAUAGAUGAAGAUAUUUCGCAGUUUUUCUUCAAGGUUGUGCGAGAAACCAUUGAUUUCCGGAAGAAAAAUCAUGUGCAUCGUAAGGAUUUUCUGAAUCUUCUUAUUCAACUCAAAGACAACGGUGAACUUGAAGGAUCGAAUGAAAAACUUGGAACGCUUACUUUGAAUGAAGUUGUGGCCCAUUCGUUUGUUUUCUUCUUGGGAGGAUUUGAAACGGCUAGUACGACCAUGUCUUAUUGCUUGUAUGAGUUGUCGUUGAACGAAGAAGUGCAAGAGCGUGCAAGGCAGUGUGUGAAGGCGGCUAUUCACAAGUAUGGCGAUCUGAACUAUGAUGCGUUAUUGGAUAUGCCAUAUCUAGAGCAGUGCAUAAAUGAAACCCUUCGGAAGUACCCACCAUCUACUAUCUACCGUAUCGUGACUCAAAACUAUCAUGUUCCUGAUUCGUCAAUAGUUUUCCCGAAAGGCAUGAGCGUCAUGAUUCCUGUGUAUGCCAUUCAUCACGACCCGGAGUUUUGGCCAAGCCCGGAACUGUACGACCCAGAUCGAUUCGCACCGGAAGAAUGCGUCAGCCGCAAUCCCUUGACAUUCAUCCCUUUCGGUGAAGGGCCGCGAAUGUGUGUUGCUGCUCGACUUGGUGUAUUGCAAACAAAGAUCGGACUUGCAACACUGUUAAUGAAUUUCAGAUUUUCAAGAUGCAAAAACUCAACGGAGCCGCUGCAGUAUUCACCGAAGCAUUUCAUUCUGACGCCCGUUGGGGGCCUGAAGAUGAGAGUGGAGAAAAUACAAUAAGAAAUCAUCUAUGUUCAAACUGUUAUAAAUUUUAAGAAAUAAUAAAGUCAAACCAUAA